GUAUAUGAGCAGUGUUGUGAUGUGAAUAUAUUUGCAGAUGGCGACAGUUGCAGUAGAUAGCAGCCAAGAACCAGCGCCAGAGUGCAGCACUGCAUUCGCUCCAACCGAUAAUGACUUCAGCCAACAACAUUAUUUAAUCCCUGGCUACAAUCUAAUAUUCAUCAAAGAAGAAGAUGGCGACAGUUGCAGUAGAUAGCAGCCAAGAACCAGCGCCAGAGUGCAGCACUGCAUUCGCUCCAACCGAUAAUGACUUCAGCCAACAACAUUAUUUAAUCCCUGGCUACAAUCUAAUAUUCAUCAAAGAAGAAGAUUCCCAAGAUUUAGAAGACAUUUCAGAAGUUGACUUUGGCGCAGUGAAGAGUGAAGCAGAGAUGUGGCCUUCUAUCAGCGACACUGCCAAUGCAACAGAAGUGGGUGGACUGGAUGCACAUUCAAUCCCUCCAGUGGAAAAGUGCACUGAGCCAACUGUAGCUGGCAAAGAGACCAAGCUCUACAGCUGUGCUGACUGCAGCUAUAAAAGUCCAUGGAUUUCUGCUUUGAAGACACACAUUAGAACACACACUGGGAAAAACCAUUUAGUUGCGAAUUUUGUGACUACAAAUGUGCUCAAUCAGGUGGUUUGAAGAGUCAUAUCAGACUGAAACACACUGGGGAAAAAGCCUGUGUGAAGAAAUAAUUCUGAGAUAAAUGUUACUUAAUGUGCUGAUUCAUGUACUUAUAAGGCACAUAAUAUUAGAACGCACACCGUUGAAAAAUAAUUGUAUAAUAGUUCUAUUGACAUUGUUUUGUUUUGCUAUUGAGAUUUGUGUGAUUGGUGUCAGAUUCUCGUGCGCUUAAUCAUUUAUUGUAACUUAAUUGAGUAAAUUUCAAUUCAGUACAUUUUUUUGUACUGACGAGGAUGACAUGAAGGUUUAGCACUUAGCAGAUUGAAACAUCAAUUGGGAUUAAUGAGUGCAAUUUUAUGCAAGUUGAGUCUAUGUCUUUAUCCAUCUGCCAGAUUUACUUUUCUCUCCUCAUAUUAACUUAUCCAGAAAUAUUAAUCUGCAGAAAUCAAAGCAACAAGUUGGUGAGUUUCUAAUGCUUUAUCCUUGAAACUUGGUCUUGCAAGGAGCUCUCCCACUCUCGUUAAAUGAAAAGAAUAUUCAUGCCUCUUCAAUUGUAAAUUCGUAAAAUUCAAAGCAAUCUACACAUAAUAUUUUUCCAAAUUUAUUUGCAGUUUUAUUCGUUUACAAUAUGAAUUUCUGCAUUGUUACAAUGAAUCUACAUAUAUUCAAUUAUAUAAAUCACAAAUUUAUAAAAUACAUAAUAAGACACUAAAUAAGUUUAGUAACUAUUAUAAAGCUACUAUUGUUUCAUUUGAAUCCAAUCGUGUCGUUGGAGUUGGAUCCAAGGGAGGAAAGCGGUAAAAAAAUUAAAAACAUCAAAAGUCAUCCAUCUAAAAACUCGAGAACCGAGAAAUAAGCUCUAUUUGUCAAUACUUUGAGAUAUUCUUAUUGAAUUGAAAUUUUGAAUUAAAAACUUAAGUUUCGCUUGGAAAAUUGUAAGUACAUAAUAUAGUACCUUGUCUUCUAUGGGAGAACAUACGGUAGGCUACCUGAUAUUCUAAGACACCAAUGAGCCUCACAACUGUUAUAUGUCAGCCAAGUCCGCCAGUUUAUAGUGUUCUUGUGGAAUUAUGUUUAAUCUGAAUGGUCAUUCCCAGACUCACUGUCAUAUGUAAAGUGUUUAGUUGUAGAGUGCUAGUAAAUCGAUAAUUAUCCAUUCAAUCUUACAACCCAGAAAGAUUGUCUUGUUGGGAGAUUCAUACAUGAAUCAAGGUUCAUCUGAUUUAUAAAAUUAAUUUUUAGCUCAUUGAAUUUAAGCAUUGAGUAAUAAUUAUUAGACUGAUAGACAUGUGUCAAGUAUUCAGUUAUGAAUGUAUUCCAAUUAAAUCACUUGGCAGUGUUUGGAAAAUGAUAAAUGUUUUCUGGAUGCUGACUGGUUCACUGUUGCCAACUACAAAAUUCUCACCCACUGACUCAAAUUAUCUAUCAUCUUUCUCAAUUGAAUGUCAUUUUCAUUGCAAUGUUUAUUUAUCUCCAUGACUGAGUUCAGUAUUAGUGUAAAGCAGAUGGAAAGUGUAAGCUACCUGCAAUAUUGACAAUGUAAUCCCUAGAACAACAAUUGAUACAAUUGUCUAGAAAAUGUGUGGAAACGAUGCUAGAUUCUUUCUUCUCUCUCUGAAAAGUGGGUUUAAUGAGAAUUAUCAUCCAUUCAUUGAUUAUGUUGACAAAUUAAUAUUAUUAAUCACCCGAGAAAUGUUCUUCUUCAUUUGUACAUCAUGUACUAGUUUAUUCAGGACUGAAUGUCAGAGGUUGUCUGGUAUAGCUCAGCUGGUAGAGCUGCCUCCUCAAAUGUGAAAAGAUCCAUUCUGAUGAUCCCAUCUUCAUGACAAUUAAAUUUUCAUUAAAUUACCACCUCUUCAACAACAAAACGACAAUAUUGACUUUGCAAAACCCUUUGAACUGCUAUGCUCCAUAUGAUGAAGUUAUUGUUGUUAAUAUGGCUGCGUUGAUUAAUUCAAAAAGCCUCAUGGCAUAUUAUAGAUUUUAUCACUUAUUUAGAAUAAGAUGGGAUACAAGUUGAGAGGGACUAAUUGAUUUUACUUUAUGGACUGUUGAGAGUUCAAUCCUUAUGAAUACUGUAUAAAUUUUGUAUUGUAUCACAAACAGUUUUAAUUCACUAGAGAUUCAUUAUAUUAAUAUUAUUUAGAUUAGCCUAUCAAUAGUUUUUAGCAAUCUAUUGUGAGAGAAACUUCUUGUUAAUCUUUGAGGAAUAUUCUAUACAUUUCUCCUGCCUUCCAUCAUUAUUUACUCCAAUUUAGCAACUUGCAAUAAAUUCUCGAAAUAGUCCUAGCGUACAAUUUUUGAUAUUUCUAGCUUCUAGGUGUGGAACUCCUAUUCCCCCACGGGUAUCUGUGGUUAUAUUUCUAUAAUGUGUAUCUUUUUGUAUAAUUUAACUUAUACUCUAACUACUGUUGAAAGAACAAAAAUAAUAAAGAAAAAUCAAACAUUGAA